AAAUCGCUUAAACACCUCAGCUGCUUGCCUAGUAAAUUAAAAGCAAGGUGUUGUCUCUUAAACACAACCAAAGGAUCGUUUAUGGAACAUUCUUCACUUCAGCUCUCCUUGGAAACACAACAGACAAUGCAAGCCUUAGAUCGCAAGCCCAUCAUCCUGUGCCGGGUCUGCGGCGACAGAUCUUCUGGAAAACACUACGGGGUUUUCACCUGCGACGGAUGCCGAGGUUUUUUCAAGAGAAGUAUCCGUCGUAAUUUAACAUAUCAGUGCAAGGAAAGAGGCAACUGUACUGUGGAUGUAACGCGACGAAAUCAAUGCCAGGCUUGCAGGUUAAAGAAGUGCUUUGAAGUUAAGAUGAACAAAGACGCCGUCCAACACGAGCGAGCCCCACGCUCCUCGCAGGUUGUCCCAGUUGUCCCCACGUGCUCAGUGCUCAGUGGUUCGUAUGAACAACCUCCUGCACACGCUAUCCCAGAACAGCUAUAUUCUUAUUCCAAAAGCAACCCGGGUGACAGAUCACAGCGCCGGGGCAGCCCUGAGCGAGAACUGGACUCGAACAGAUCGAGCGACAUAUCACGCUUCUCGCCCCCAGUCCCUCAGUACCACGGCCAGAAUAACAACCAGUCACCAGACUCCUCCAAGAAGCGCAACUUUCUUUCCAUAGCAAGUCUGAUCGACACAAAAGACAACUCUGCGCAGCCUUCACCAAGUACCACUGACACUAGCCCUAAACACGAGAGUGAAGACCCCAGAGGAAGGUCACCACUUGUGUACCAGCCCUCCCCAGAGUCUGUAUACGAGUCGGCUGUGCAGUUAUUGUACAUGUCAGUCACUUGGGCAAGAAACAUACCAACAUUUUUGGAUCUUCCUUUCCGUGAUCAAGCAAUCUUGCUGGAGGAAGGAUGGAGUGAGCUUUUCGUUCUGAGUGCCGCCCAGUUCUCUUUACCAGUAGAUAUGGGGCCACUUCUGUCUGCAGCUGGUCUACAGGUAGAUAAAGCUCCCACAGAUAAAAUCGUGGCGGGAAUGGCAGACAUCCGUCUGUUACAAAAUGUGGUGGCGAGAUUCAAGCGGGUGGAGAUUGACUCUACUGAGUAUGCGUGUUUGAAAGCCAUUGUUCUAUUCAAGCCAGACCUUCGUGGUCUCCGAGCGCCUCACAUGGUUGAAAGACUUCAAGAUCAAGCACAAGCCAUGCUGGGAGAACAUUGCCGCAGCCAAAAUCCUGACCAGCAAGUGAGAUUCGGAAAGCUGUUGUUGAUGCUACCAUCAUUACGAUCAGUCAGUCCCAAGAUGAUAGAAGACUUGUUCUUCCGCGGAGCUCUUGAUAACGUACCCAUCGAGAGAAUGCUGUGUGAUAUGUUUAAAUCUAGCUAAGCUGAAUGGUAUGCUUUCGUGCAAAAUACAGUGCUUCUCGGUUUUCGUUAUAAAGAGGUACAUGUUAUUCGUAAGAAAUGUUGAAUAAUAAUUAACUCAGUAGGCCUAGAUGAUAUCAGCUAUCAAUUUCAAACGAGCGCGAGCUCCAAAAAAGCACUCGCGUAGCGUGGACACCCUGUGCCGGGCGCGGGAUACGAGUGGGGCCUUUGCGCUAAGCGCGGGAAGCAAGGGGGCUAACUGUGCUAAGCGCAGGAAAUAGUUGACGUCAAUUCCAAAUUAGUUGAAAUCGAUUCAGUUGAAAUAUAAUUUAAUUUUAGGCCUCACGUUUGGUAAUAUUGCAAAGAAUCAAGUUAAAAAUUAAAAUAAGUUGAAAAUAACUGUAGUAUGUGCACAUGUAGAUAGUUACUUUAUUUGUAGUUUUCUGCAUGUUUCGGUACAUGUGUUGUUUUUUAUGGGAUGGAAAAAAGGUAAGCAUUGGUGUUUUUCCUUUGUCAUUUUCUACCAACUUUUCAGCUUUGAUAUCUCUAUUUGAAGGCUUUUAAAGCGACGUUUUUUGGAAUAGUCCAUGGUGUAAAAAAUUUUUUUGUCUUGAGUUCAAGUUUUAUUUCGUAAACAUUAGCUUAAAAGAUUCAUUGCCGAGAUAGCUCGCAAGCAUUCAGUAGAUUUAAAGCUCUGCGAAUGCGAACAAAUGCAAAUUAUCUCUUUACUGUUCAGCUGAAUUGUGGGGAUUUCCGACAAGAAAUGAGUUUUAUAAUGUUCCUAUCUAACGAUAUUCUGGAUGAAUUCCUUUGAAAUGAAAAGGAUAAACUAAAAGGAGAGUUUGUUAAGAUAAACGAAAACCAGAGUAAUAAAAGUAUAAACAAAUAUGAAGAGUCACUUCGACUGAGAGCAGAACUUCGUAAACAUUUUGAUAGGAAAUGUUCACUUUGUAUCUGAAAAUUUUUUUUUUAAACGUUUGGUUACGAAGUAUUUAUAGAAUAGCGAAAAUAUUUAGUAAACUUAUGUAUAUAAUGUAAAAAUUUGUAGCAUACAGUAUUUCAAAACAUUUAAGUGGAUGUAUCAAUUUUUUUUUUCAACUUGUCUAAUUCUAAGUAAUACAUUCUAUUAUUUCCGCCUGAUCAAAUGGAGCGGGUUUGUAAUAGGUGUAGUGAGGCUGCGCGGUAAAGACUUCAGUCGAGUUUUUAAAUAUAUAUUCAUAAGCAUUUUUACUGCAAAUGGUUGCUAUGCCUAAUGAGAACCUGCAUUUGUAGCUCUGAGCCUCCGUUUCCUUAGAUAAAGACAAGGGAAAAAGUAAAAGUCUUUUAUUGCCUUUUAAGGGUCCUUCAAAGAAUGACCCGACUAAGGAAGAAGAGUGUCACAAGGCCUGAAAGCAACCUCGUACUCAGGCUCCUUCCGAAAAAAUGGAGGUCCAUAGCAACGAGGUUGUGCUAAGACAUUGAGCCAAAAUUUAAAACGACACUUUUGAUUUUAUUUAAUCUUCUUUAUUCUCAGUUUUACUUGUUCCAUCUUAGUCCUUUAUUCCCGUUUGUGAUUUCCUGUCUCACCCAUAAUAUUUUAAUCUCGUCUUGAAGUUUAGGGAAGCUAUACAUAGGGCUAAAAAUAACUUGAAAUAUCAACACUUGGCCUCUUUAACUUCCAUGAUUAAAUGUAUCAAUUAGCUUUAAAUAGCAUGCUACAAAUUACGCCUUAGACAAGUUUUAUCUGGCAAGGAAACACCAAACCUGGCCCAUUUUUAUUAGAUAUUUAAAUAAUCGAAAACCCGACGAAGUCUGCCGUUCGUAAAACGCAGUCAGCUCGCUUUUGUUUUUUUGUUUGUUUUUUUUUACAUAUUUGUAAGUUUUUAGUUAGUCUGGUUAAGUUUAUCUUUUUUCAAUUCUUACUAAAUUUUAUUACAAGUAUAUUGCAUUUCAGCGACUAUUUUACGCAACAGCUUUAAACUGCUUUUAAUAACAAUUGAUAAAAAAAUCUUGUGCUUGUACAAAGGGAUUUUUCUUAAUGUAAAUAAUAGAUAUUUGCAGGAAAUAA